AUAGUAAAGUUAGCAAUGUCGAUGGAUUACUUGGCUGCUGCUGUACCCGUGACCUUGGCUCUGGGAGUGGGAUCUAUCUUGUUGGUCUUACGAUGGACGUACUGCCGCCGCCGAACAAGCGCCGAACAAGUGAGACUGCCGCCGGGGUCAAGGGGCCUCCUGUUCCUAGGGGAGACGCUCCACUACCUGGCAGCGUCCUCCACCCCGGGGGUAUUGCCACCAUUCUUCCAGCGACGGUUGGAAAGGUAUGGCCCCAUCUUCCGGACGAACCUGGUCGGGGAGGAUCUCGUCGUGUCGCUGGACGCGGAGCUGAACGCGCACGUGCUGAAGCAGGAGGAGCGCGGCUUCCAGAUCUGGUACCCGCCCUCCUUCAUGCGCGUCUUCGGCGCCGACAACAUCACCGCCAAGCUCGGCGUGCUCCACCACCACAUGAGGACCCUCGUGCUCCGCCUCUUCGGCCACCAGACCGUCCGCUCCGUGCUGCUGCACGACGUGCAGCGGAGCGCGCGCGACGAGCUGCGCUCAUGGCUCGGCCGCCCGGACGUCGAGGUCAGGACGGCCACCUCCAGGAUGAUAUUUGGCGUCACUGCCAAGAAGCUGAUCAGCCAUGACGACGCAGCAUCUGGAGAAACGUUGUGGAGAUGCUUCCACGACUGGACUUCGGGGCUGCUCUCGUUUCCGGUUUCCAUUCCCGGCACAACCUUCUACAGAUGCAUGCAGGGACGUAAGAAGGUUAUGACGAUGCUGAAACAGCAGCUCGUUGAGCGUCGACGGAACGCAGCGGAGCGCGAGACGACAGAGGAUUUCUUCGAUCUCGUGAUCGAUGAACUGAACAAGCCAGACCCUAUGAUGGACGAGAGCACCGCGUUGGACUUGCUGUUCACCAUGUUGUUUGCGAGCCAUGAGACGACGUCCAUGGUAUUAACCGUCAUACUCAAGUAUCUAACGGACAACCCCAAAGCUUUGCAAGAACUGACAGAGGAGCACGAAAGAAUCCUGGAAAGUAGGGCCAAUCCAGGCUCUGACCUCACGUGGGAGGAGUACAAGUCUAUGAAAUUCACAUCUCAUGUUAUACAUGAGUCGCUAAGGCUCGCAAACAUCGCACUGGCCAUGUUCAGGAAAGCAAAUCAGGAUGUGCACAUAAAUGGGUACACAAUUCCAAAAGGAUCAAAGAUCAUGAUGUGUGCACUAGCAUCGCACUUGAAUACGGAGGUCUACGAGGACCCCUCAGUGUUCAAUCCAUGGAGAUGGAAGGAUAUUCCUGAACCAGUCGGCACCUCUAAGGACUUUAUGGCCUUCGGGGGUGGUUUGCGCCUAUGCGCUGGUGCCGAGUUUUCCAAGAUGCAGAUGGCUAUGUUCCUCCAUUACUUGGUCACAAAUUACAGCUGGAAACCCGUCAGCGGUGGGACAAUGUUAUUCUAUCCAGGACUGCAAUUUCCAGAAGGCUUCCACAUCCAGCUUCUUCCAAAAAUCCCAAACGUGGUUCCAUAAACCCUAUGAAGAAAUAUGAAUACGAAUAAUUUAAGCAAAUAUUCUAAAUGUACCCUGGGGAAUUGAAGUUCGAUAACGAUGUGGUACGGGCUGAUUUGGUAACCAUGGAUCACAGGAGGAUGGGAGAGGAUUGAUGGAGAAAUUAGUUCAUUUCUCCCUCAACCUCUUUCAAUCCUCUUAUGAUCCACUUAUCACCAAAUCAACCCUAAUGAUAGCAGGUCGAAUUGUCGGAACAAAUAAUAGUUUCACCAAACAGAAGGGGAGUAUGCAUGUGUGUAACUUUUUAUAGUUAUAAAUAAUAGUAGAGUAAAUUCUGCUCGUUGUGUAACAACUAUGCAGGUGAGUAAAAAUUGGUUCAGCAUAUUGUGUAUAUUAUGCCCAGUUCAAUGGAAAAAAAACUUUGUUGUUUGGUGCGUAUA